AUGGAAGACUUGAAAACAUUCAUCAGGCUGAACAUGCGUUCUUCCUGCUGUGUUGAGGAAGAAGGUUCCGACCAAAUAGAAACAUUCAAGAAUGGGAUUGUGUCAUUGAACCUUUUAUUGGGUAUAACAUCUACGAAUGAGAUAGAGAGAAGUCGGUUGAACUAUGUAAUGAAUUUGUGUCUUACACAUCCUAAUCGGUUUCCGGUUUCCAACAGGCUAAGUGAAUUAGAAAAGGCAUGCAUGAAGCUAUCUUUUGGGGAAUAUGAGAGCAUUGAUCUGUCCAUGUAUGGUUUUAGGCACGAGCUUGUUGGAAGCGUUCCCACAAAUUCGGGAACUUAUGAGAAUCCCAUACUGAUUGUGAGAUGUAGCGGUACAAAGAAUGGGAAGGAGCAUGCCUAUUUCACUGAAAGAUACAUGUUUGAGAAUGAAACUGUCCAAAGGCUGACAGUUGAAGAACAAUCUAUACUUCUGGUGGAAAUGAUAAAGAUCUUCAAUACAGAGGUAUGCCAUGAUCUUAGAAGGCUGAAAGUCAAGGCAUACAUAGACAGAAUACUAUUUCCAAAAAACGAGAAGAGCGAAAUGGUGAAAAGAACGGCCAACUAUUAUCUCAUGGCUCUGAAUCUUGAUCCCCGUGAGCAGGAGCCUUUCCACGAGGAGAUAACGGACCUGGUAUUCGAGUGCCCUUUUGUGCUCCAUAAUGAAUGGGAAAAGUUACUGGGUGAUGCUUACUACAGCUAUUCUGCUUAUGAAAAAGCCUUGGUAUACUUUGAGAAGUACAAAUGCAAUUCUAAGGCAAUUAAUUGCCUAGUAAAUCUCAAUAGAGGCAGCGAGGCAGCAGAAAGAGCACUUGAGGAGAUAAAGAGUAUAGGUGUUCCUACAAAUCGCCGAUCAAAGAUAAGACUCUGCAGCAUGAAUAUAAUUCUCGGGACCAUAAUCGGGAAAGAAGCAUAUUUUGAUGCUGCCCUUGAUGCUUACUACUCAUAUGAGCCAUUGAGGGCCAAAGGGAUCUAUUUUCUUAAGGCGGGCGCAGUUGAGAAGGCAAUAAAUUCGCUUGAAAAGGCACUCAAUAUAGUUCCAGGAAACACCGAGAUACAGUUUUUAUAUGCAUCUGCGCUUACGUCGGCUAAGAGGUUUUCAGAAGCUGCAGCUGUCUAUGAAAGACUUGUUGCCGAUGACCAGAAAAACACCAUGUUCUUAAGAAACUUGGCCAUGUGUAGAAUCCAGCUUGAGGAUAUCAAAAAUGGGCUUACCAGCCUUAAGAAAGCAUCUAUCUAUGACCAAAACAUGAUCCAGGCCUACUUUCUAAUGUCAAUUAAAUACAAUAUUCCUAAGGAGAUAAAAUAUUCCUUGGAGAGGAUAGAUCCUUUUGAAGACUUCGAAGAUGGGGUGAUGUAUCUCAUCGAAAAGAAAGUCCUGUCUAAAGAUGAAGUAAAGUUUGCACUAGCAAGGAACAAUAGGAUCGCAAAUAUAGUAGAAUCUCUGAUAAAAAAAAUAGAUUCUUGCCAAGAUUAG